AGACGCAUUCUAUUGAAGACACAAACGCAAAGUUCUCCUUGUCUUUGUAUGAAACAUUUUCCUCCUCAGAAACGCAUUCUUCUGCACCCAAAAAAAAAAAAAAAAAAAACUUCUGACAAAAAUGAAGAGCCAAUAUAGCUGUAAAUGGCUAUUUCUCCUCCUGAUCCUCACCACCUUCGGUGAUUCCUAUGCAAAAGAAGCAAAACCCAUCUCAGAUAUCCUCACUUUUAGCCACUUUCUCAACAAAACUAAUGAAUGGAUCAUUCUCAACACAAGACCGCCUAUUGAAGCCAAACUAGAAUUGUCAACCCCUAUUGUUCUUGCAGGCUUUCUCUGCUUCAUUGCAGCCUCUAUAUCGAGCGCCGGAGGGGUCGGGGGCGGCGGGCUUUUCAUACCAAUAAUGACCAUAACAGCAGGCGUGGACCUCAAAACAGCCUCAAGCUUCUCGGCCUUCAUGGUCACGGGGGCUUCGAUCGCGAAUGUCGUGUGCAACUUGGCCUCGGCGAUUCCCAGAUUUGCUGGUAAAUCACUUAUUGACUUCGACAUAGCGUUGCUUUCGCAGCCUUCUAUGUUGCUCGGGGUCAGUGUUGGAGUCAUUUGCAACGUUAUGUUCCCGGAGUGGCUUGUGACUAUACUAUUUGCUGUUUUUCUGGCUUGGUCUACCUCAAAGACGUGGAGAAACGGGGUCAUGUGUUGGAAGCUGGAAACAGAAGUGAAGAGGCUCAGAAAAGGGUGUGGAGAAUUGGAGAAUGGAUUGAGUGAAGAUGUCAAAUUAAGUAGUAUUAAAGAACCCCUCUUGGGUAGUGAUCAUCAAUUACGGAAGUGUCAAUAUAGACUUCCAUGGAUGAAACUUGGGGUAGUGGUUCUAAUUUGGUGCUCCUUUUGCUUUGUGUACCUUCUUCGCGGCAAUCGUUAUGGAGAGGGAAUUACACCAAUAGAGCCUUGUGGAGUGGGUUAUUGGUUACUAUCUUCCUUCCAAAUUCCGCUUGCCAUAGUUUACACUGCCUGGAUUUUAUGCAGAAAAGACAGCUCUCAAAAUCAAAACUUGAAUCAGAAGAACGUCAUGGAAAACCUGACUCAAGUUGGACAGUCAAAGAAACUCAUAUUCCCACUAAUGGCGUUACUAGCAGGGAUGCUGGGCGGUGUCUUUGGGAUUGGAGGUGGAAUGCUCAUAAGCCCCCUUCUUCUACAAGUUGGAGUAGCACCUGAGGUAACAGCAGCAACUUGUUCAUUCAUGGUUUUCUUCUCGUCGACAAUGUCGGCGUUUCAGUAUUUGUUUUUGGGCAUGGAACACACAGACGUUGCGCUCAUCUUCGCCGCCGUUUGUUUUGUUGCGUCACUCCUCGGAUUGGUAGUGGUUCAGAAAGCUAUUCAAGAAUAUGGAAGAGCAUCUCUUAUUGUAUUCUCAGUUGGUAUUGUAAUGGCUCUCAGUACUGUUCUGAUGACUACCUUUGGGGCUCUUGAUGUCUGGAGAGAUUAUAUCUCCGGUGAGUACAUGGGGUUCAAACGGCCCUGUUAGAAACAGUUUUUGCAGUUAGGCUCUUUAUGUCGAGUCUAUAGCUCGUGUUAAUGACGGUGAGAGGAUAAAUAUGAA